AUACAAAAGGUGCAGGGCAGUGGGUCCUCCAGGACAGGUUUGGGAAGCUCUGCAAUAAAGAAAGAUCUUUGACCUCUUCAGCAUAAUGGAGUCAAUCAUAAAAGUUAAUCAAGGAGAUACUAAAUGGGACAUACGCCAUAAAGUAUGGAACUACAUUGAAGUGAAAAACCUGGCCAGUUUCCCUCGACCUGUGCACAACAGAAUUCCCAAUUUCAAGGAAGCAACUUGUGCCUGUAACAGGCUCCCAGACCUGCCCAAGUUUAGAUCCAGCAGAGUGAUUAAAGUGAAUCCGGACAGACCUCAGGAACAGGCACGCUUCAUUACUUUAGAAGCAAGAAAAACAUUGCUUGUUCCAACACCUCGGCUAAAAACUGGAUUAUUUAACAGGAUCAUUACACCAAAAGGUGCAACCAGAAAAGAACUGCAUGUUUGUUCUACGUCUCAGGGUGUUAAAGAGAUGAGUGUCCCGGUCGGUUUAGAUGACAAAGUUCAGGUGGAUCUUGUAGUAGUUGGAUCAGUGGCUGUAUCUAAUAAAGGCUACAGAAUUGGAAAAGGUGAAGGUUUUGCAGACAUGGAAUAUGCUAUGAUGGCAUGCAUGGGAGCCGUGUGUGAAUCCACUGUGGUCGUCACCAUUGUUCAUGAUUGCCAGGUUGUGGACAUUCCAGAGGAACUCACUGAAAGUCAUGACCUCACAGUUGACUUUAUUCUAACUCCAACAAGAAUCAUCAAAACUGAAUGCACACACCCCAAACCACAAGGCAUCAUUUGGUCAAAGGUUUUUGUUUGUUUUAGUAUCAGUAUCUGGCAACACGUCGCCCUUAAACUGAAAGCAAUCAAAAAAGCCCAUGGACAGGAUACGACAUUCGUUACACACAGAAAUACUGAAGAAAAUACCCAUUCUGAAGAAACUAAGAACACUGGAGCAGGAAGCUGGGAAAGAUGUUGCUUUAAAGACAACACCUGCUGAAGAGGAUCAAACUAAGAAAUCCAAAGAGCUUAAAUGGCAGCCUAAUUGUCAUCCUAAAGCUGAGCUGUAAUGUGAACAUUUAGCUUCUGAAGAUAACAGGUGUGCUGGAUUUGAGUGCAAAUUUCCUAAAACUUAUGUCACCACUAUAUCCCUGAGUAACAUUCCAGCUCGGUUACGCGUAAGUGAGUUGAAGAGCUUGCUCAGAGAACAUGUAGCUGUUCCUCUGAGAAUCAGCUGGAAGGGGACAAAGCACAGAGUGUUCCUACUGUACUCUGAUGACACUGGUGCAUAGCACGCUCUCAUCACUUUUCAAAAGCUGUCCAUUGAAUUUGUCACCAGGAUACCAAAGAGAGUAUACCAAACAGGCUGGUAAAAGACUCCAUGCUCCUAUAGAGGAUAAUGUAUUUAAUCCAGCAUUCUGAUCUGUACACCUUCCUAAACGAGAAUUAAACUUUCUAAAUAACUUUUUGUUAUCUAUUACUGACUUGUAUGCUUGAAAUUGGUUAACUUUUAAAUAAGAAAUAUAAGAAUCUUUUUAAAAACAUGUCAUGAAAAUCUGAGUUCUGCUGAGGCCUGAGGAUAUUCUUAUGCAUUUCUUGUUCAGAUAAUCUGUGUUUAUAAAUGGGCAUAUUUUAUAAUACCAGCUCUUCUUUAGAGGA